UCCAAUAUUCAAUCAAUCCAAAAUCUCACUCUUCUGUCUUCUGCUGAAAACUGAAGUUUACUGGAGUCUUGGGGCGUCGCCUAUAUCCUAUAUAUUUUAAAGUUUGCUAAAUUUAAAUUGCCUGUCAUCCAAGAUGUCAGAAACUAAAGAAAAUAUAUUUCUCUUCGUUCCCAAUAUCAUAGGAUUCGCCAGGGUCAUCUUGGCUAUCAUAUCCUUCUAUUAUAUGCCGACACAUUGCGUCUUCGCGGUGGUUUGCUACGUGACGUCGGCGUUGCUGGACGCCGUCGACGGACAUGCUGCGCGGUUCUUUAAUCAGAGUACUAAAUUUGGAGCAAUGUUAGACCAGUUAACUGACCGCGCUGGUACCGCGGGUCUCAUGAUGACACUCGCUACUUUCUACCCCAAAUACACGUUCUGGUUCCAACUCUCCAUGGCCAUAGACAUCACGUGCCAUUGGCUCUACCUGCACUCGGUGACUGUACAAGGAAAGGCGUCGCACAAGCUGAUCGACAUGUCUGGCAACCCCAUCAUGCGGCUGUACUACACCAACAAGAAUGUGCUUUUCUUCAUGUGUGCUGGCAACGAAGCGUUCUAUGCGGCCCUGUAUGUUAUGUACUUCUACACUGGUCCUACAGUUCUUGGAGUUGGCCUCUACAAGCUCAUCGCCCUAAUCUCAAUGCCCGUAGCAGUCGUGAAGGCGGCCAUCUCUGUGCUCCACGGGAUCGUGGCGUCUCUCAACAUCGCCUCGCUUGACUGCGCAGAGCGCGCCGCGGCUGCACAGAAGCAGGACAAAGCUAAUUAAAGAAAAAAAAUAUGGCAAGCCAAUUGUCAGUAGAAAAAAAAAACUUAGGUUAUUCUCUCAUAGAAAACUAAAAUUUUGCGACAUUUUCUACUGACAAAGUAGGUUUGCCAGAGUGCACUAGUUUGGCUGGCCAGCCGCGUAAAUAUUGAGUGAUCACUAAAUUAUGAAGCAUCUUAAUUUUAAGGCCCAUCAUUUUGCCGUCUUCCUCAGAAAUUCGUGUGACGAAAAUAAGGCAACCAAGCUAAAGUAAAAAAAAACACCUAGUGUAGCUGAUUCUGAAUGAUGACCCAUAAGUUCUCUGAAAGUUUUAGUUUGAUGGCUGGCUCGCCCAACUAUAUGACUUCCAUUCCAAGCAGGGUUACCAUCAAUGAACUUGUUAUGAGACAAUUAUCCUAAAUCAAAUCCUUUCCUAUAACAUUGUUCUUUAUAUAUCAAUUCACCGAAAAUCAAAUAGAUGAAUGGUAACAAUGGUAACCCUUUAUUUUAGUGACUUAAAUUGGACUGGACUCCCAUUUGUGUUGCCAAAUUAUAAACUGACACUGCACAUUUUGGGCUCGCAUAAAGAAGGCGGUACCUACUAUAAUUUUUGACCACGUAUUUACCUUAUUACGAAUAAUAUAAAGAAUAUUAUUAUCAUAAGUACAAAUAAGAUAAUUUAAGAAUAUUUAGUUAUUACCUCAUACUAAUAUCAUAUGUCAAUGUGACUAGUCAUCAGUUUUGAUUCCCACAAGUUGUAUUUGUUUACUAUAUUUUUUUAUAUUACUUGGCACCCAGGUGUUGUUAUCUUUUAAUUUGUAUUUAAAAAAUACAUAUUUGUUGGGUACAUUUAAGCGUAGCUAUAAGAUAAUUAAAUGUAACGUGUUAAUUAUUAAUGAUUUUAGAGAUGUGCUUGUUGUCUAUAGAUGUUACCAUUCAAUGUUAAAUUAAAACCCAAUAUAAGUAGAGUAUACUCUACGUAUUUGUAGUUGUGUUUUGAUCUCGAAUAAUCUAUUUUUAAAACGGAUUAAGUAGUGUCAGUCAGAAAUUAUCUUCAUAUUUAUUAAAAAAGAAAAGUUUUCCCACUGUAAUCAGCUCUGCAAAAAUAUCUAAAUUCCUGUGAGAAAUAGAAAACUUAGAUGAAACUCCUCUAGGCUUUUCAUAAAACAAACGGGUAUAUUUCUAUGAGUGGCAGAACGGGAUCUGGGAGCUGCCUUUACUGACCCACUAUCAAAAUACACCCUGUAUUAGUCCUAUAUGAUUAGAUCAAUAAAAUUGGUCAUCAGUCAAGACAUUUCUUAAAAUCUGAAUUCAGCAUUUAGUUUUCAAACGAUCAAUAUUUAUAAUUCUGAGUUAUGUCGCGUGUCACAGUAAAAUAAAGAAUACUAUCGUAUGGUUAUGUUUACAAACACAUUUUAGGAGGCAUGGCCUAGUGUUUUUUUUUUAUAGCAUUUCGGUGAUAAGAUAUUAAGUACAUUUAGAAUAAGGAAAAUCAAUGUUUGAAUCUAUGAGUAUAUUAUAUUUUAACGGAUAGCUGCAUUACCUGUGUUUUAUAGAAACUCCUACAAACUGUAUUGAUUGUGCAAUUUAUGACCACUUCCAUUUUCAAUAUUGAUACUUAUAGAAAUUAAGAGCAGUUAAUAAUUUAACAGCGCAUAGCUUAUGUCACUUCAUCUCUUGGCAAAAAGUAUAUCCAGGCGACUACUGAUAGUCAAGUCAAGAAUAACUAUGUAUUCAAUAUUCAGUUUCAGCUACAAAUGCAUUCUAUAAUAGCUAUGACUAUGUAAAUGCACACCGUAGUGCUAACAUAUUUUUGGAGGAUAUACGAAAAAAACCAAAAUCAAUAUUAGUUAAUAUUUAUUUUUAAUAUUAAUACUUGUGAACAGCAUUUAUGCAAAAGUGAAAGAGUGUAAGAAUAUAUGUAGUAACAUUAAAUGCAAUGUUAUUUAAACCAAAAUAUUGUUGAACAAACUAAAAUUUAUCUCAAUAAAGCGAAAUCAUUAU